AAAAAAUAGCUGUUGCUACAGAGACACACAACACAUUCUCUUUUUCAGAACAGAAUGGGGGAAAGCAAAGUGAAAUGUGAGUUAGUAAAUGGGCAUAAAUGGGGACCCAAAGCCCACCUCUCUGCGCUGAAUAACGACGUGACAGAGCUCAUCCAAAAGUCACAGGACGCUAAAAAAUUUGCCUACUGUCCGUACAGCAAGUUUCGCGUAGGGGCUGCCUUGUUAGCGGAUGAUGGGACAGUGUUUACAGGCUGCAAUGUGGAGAAUGCGUCCUACACCUUGGGAAUCUGUGCUGAAAGGAAUGCCAUGUCGAAAGCCAUUUCGGAGGGUUACCGGAAUUUCAAAGCUAUAGCAAUCGCAAGUGACCUGUGUGAUCAGUUCAUCUCUCCCUGUGGAGGUUGCAGGCAGUUCAUGAGAGAGUUUGGGGUCGAUUGGAAAGUGUACAUGUCCAAGCCAGAUGGCACCUACAUUUUGAUGUCGGUGGAAGAACUACUCCCUGUGUCUUUUGGCCCGGAGGAUCUGAAAAUACAUGGGGCACAGGAUCUGAAAAUAAACGGCUCAAAGCAUCUCGAAAUCAACGGCGGACUACAUACGAAAUGAGCUACAUCUAAUUUGGAGCUAAGGUCAAAAUGCUGCUUUGAAGACAAUCCCUUGUUGUUUAUUUGUGGGAAAAUGUGACCGUGUUCCACUAGAAUUGUAAAUAUAAUGUUUUCAAAUGACAGUCCCCGUAGAAAAAAGGAAAAUGUAAAGUUCAUGUGAAUUGAUCACUGUCACCAUUGCCACGCUUCCUACAUUCUUUACUCAAAACUAAAUGGUCGUUUCCUGUUUAUUAAUGAUUUAAUGAUUUAACAAUAGGUUAAAUAGAUUUAAUCAUUAGGUUUUACUGGCAUGUACAUCCACAUAUAAAGAGUCAUAAUCAUGAACAAGAAAUGAUAUGAAAAAAAAGUGCUGUGUUGUUUUUCUGUGCCUGUCAAAUAUUUUGGGGAAAUAUUUACGUGGAAAAAGAGUUAUGAUAACAAUAUCAAGUCUAAUGGCAUGAAAUCACACGAGCAAAUGUUUUAGCACCAGUAACUGAAACACCUUAUCAUAAAAUUGCUUGACUCUCACAUACAAAUGAAAUUUGCUUAUUGUGAAACCGCAUAUCACAGUGACUUUGAAAUAAACUUUAUUCACUUUGGAAGUUG